CUCGCGCACUGAAAAUGCCCGGACUGCUGCUCGGAGAUGUGUUGCCUGAUUUCGAGGCAGAGACCACCACUGGCAAAAUUAAACUCCACGAUUUUCUCGGUGAUUCAUGGGGAAUCCUGUUCUCCCAUCCGAGAGACUACACCCCUGUGUGCACCACAGAGCUAGGUCGAGCUGCCAGACUGAGCAGUGAGUUCAGUAAACGCAAUGUCAAAAUGAUCGCGCUGUCCAUCGACUUCCUGGAGGAUCACCAUGGCUGGAGCAAGGACAUCCUGGCAUACAACUGUGAGGAGUCUGCCUGCUGCACGCUGCCUUUUCCCAUCAUAGCGGACAGUAAACGUGAGCUGGCAGUGGCCCUGGGCAUGCUGGACCCUGAUGAGAAGGACAAAGAUGGCAUGCCGCUCACUGCCCGCUGUGUAUUUAUCAUUGGCCCUGACAAAAGGCUGAAACUAUCACUCCUCUACCCAGCAACCACUGGGCGCAACUUUGAUGAGAUUUUGCGAGUGGUGGACUCACUCCAGAUCACAGCAGGGAAACGAGUGGCCACACCUGCCGACUGGAAGCCUGGAGACUGUGUGAUGGUCCCUCCCAGCAUGUCUGAGGAGGAGGCUGCCUCUUUGUUCCCAGGUGGUGUCUACACCAAAGACCUGCCCUCUGGCAAGAAGUACCUGCGUUACACGCCCCAGCCAUAAGCACAAGCAGAGACAGUACUGAUAUUCAACACUCGCUUUACAAAAUGUCACACAGACUGUCCUAUGAUCCAGCAGCUCUCAACCCUUGACUUCAAGAACCUUGAGUUCUGAUCACCAGGUAGAAAAACAAGUCAGUGGACAAAUGACAACCAGUGCCUUUUAGAAUAUGUAAGACUUUUUAAAUAAGUUUUUACAGUUAAAAUAAGUUUUAAACAUGUACAUUGUACCAAUAAUAAAGCUGCAAUGUUGCAGGAGGAAGUGGUUUGUGGUGCCAUUUACACUAAGGGUGAGGAAAUAAUGUGGUCGCCUUGCCUGGGUAGUGAGUACUCAUUUUAGGUUUACAUCAAUAAACCUGGGAUUGUCUACUCUCACAUAACUGAUUGCUGUAAGUUUGCACUAGUUUUGCCAGGCCACACUGAUUAUUUUCACAGAAAGUCUUGUGGAUUUAUUGUAUCUAUAUAUAGAUCAUGGUUAUGUAGCGAUGAGUAUUAGGAGUAAUUUUUUACUAAAGAAUGAUGUUUAGCAAACUCACUGAAUAACUCUGUCAUGAUUUCUGGACUCCACUGUUUAGAAACAUCUUAGUGUUGGGCAGCAGAGCUCUCCCUGCCCCCUCUUUGUCAUAAUUUACUUCUGUUUGAAGGCGGCUGUUAACUCAGCUGUGUAGGAUUUGGCGUUCCCAGUCACCGGGUCGACAGCAUUGGUGAAGAGCUUAUCAACUUUGAGCCUGGGAACUGCUGGCAACAGGUUCCUCUCUGCGACCAGCGGACAGGACAAUUUAAGGACAGUGGAGGAAUUACAAACAGGAAAUGAAAAGAUAAGAUAAAAUACAGUGAAGAUAGAACAAAGGACAUGGUUUUUAAAAAUGAAUGAGCGUGUCACCACUUAGUUGAAGCUCACUAAAUUAUAUAUCAAAAGACAUUAGUUUGGAGUGACUGGCAUGAGCACGGUUCUAUCAUUUAAAUUUUUUAUUAGGAAUACAUUUGAAGGUGUCAGUACUUGCCGGUUUGUGACUUUGGAUGGAGCAAGUGAACACUGUAAAAUCUGUCGAUGUUACCUCAUUCACUCCUGCAUCCUGCUCUUUGUUUUGGGUAGAAAUGCAACAGUGGAUCUACAAGGACAGACAGCCAUGGAAAGCUCCAACAGCUUGUCCCCAUAAAGGUCUUCUUUACUGUCAUCUGCCAGGUGGUGUUAAAUCGAGCAUGUGUGAAGUCUAAAUUCUGCCAGUCAUAUAUCCAGAACCAACUUAACCCCUGACAGAUAGUCAGCCAAAGAGAGCGGUUUUCCUUCAGGUUCCUUCAAACUGGGCCAUUAAUAAUAUCAUGGAAAUUAGCAGGGUUAAGACUACUGUUCUUGUCUCCAGUGUGUGGAUUUGUCAUCACUAUUACGUCAGAGAGAGUCAGUUCCAACUCGGCCGCCUCCCACCAGCAGUGUCAUCUCUGGUUCAUGAUGGCUUGGUACUCCCUCUGGUGGGCGAACAGUCGCAGGAACACUUUGUACUUUCUCUCAUAGAAGCUAAAAAAAUGAAAUGUAGAAAAUAAUUACACA